GCCCCCACACCCCGUGUUUUUCAGUCUCCUUCCGUGUUCUCCGCAGUCAGUCAGGUUGUAAACAGUAAACAUCCCCCGGACAGAGACCGAACCCGAGACCCGCGCGCUUAUCACCCGGAGACUGCAGUGUCCCGGAAACCACUCCGCCAUGAAGUUCAUGUAUAAAGAAGAACAUCCGUUUGAGAAGAGAAGAUCUGAGGGAGAGAAGAUCAGGAAGAAAUACCCGGACAGAGUGCCUGUGAUUGUUGAGAAAGCUCCCAAAGCCCGGAUAGGAGACCUGGACAAGAAGAAGUACCUGGUUCCCUCAGACCUGACAGUGGGUCAGUUUUACUUCCUGAUCCGGAAAAGGAUUCACCUGAGAGCAGAAGAUGCACUUUUCUUCUUCGUCAACAAUGUCAUUCCUCCCACAUCAGCUACCAUGGGCCUGCUUUAUCAGGAGCAUCAUGAGGAAGACUUUUUCCUGUACAUCGCCUACAGUGAUGAGAGUGUGUAUGGAGGGGGUGUGUAGCCUCCGGCCUCGUCCCAAUCCUCUGUUAACUCAAUAAUAAAUAAACAGUAGUCCAGCUGAGUGUGUCACAGGCACUUCCACUUCCUGCUCUUACUUCUGCAGUGUUUGUACAUUAUUCACACACACACACACACACACUGUUAUUUCCUCUUGUGUUGGACCUGAUGAGAUGUUUGUAAAGGUGUGAAUAUUUCAGGUGUUUGCAUGUGAGUGUUUAGAUGCUGUGAUAUUGUGGUUCAGUGUUCUGAAGACCAGGUCACUCUGUUUUUUUCUAUUUCACUCUGUUUCUGAUGAUGUCUCUAUAAACACAGUGGGGACAAAUCUCUGUUAUUCUUUUGUCAAAAUUCUUAGUGAAACACUUGACCGGGCCGAGCUCACACUCCUCACUCAGGGCUCUGAUCCGACACACUGCUGUGAAUCCACAUGUUUAUGAGUAAUAGAGUGAAUAUUCUGCAUUUGAACAGAAUGAAACUGUUAAUCUGAGAUUUCAUUACACACACAUGCACACAGAUGUGAAUGUGUUUUAAUCCCACGCUGAUUCUGUAGGUUAUAAUGAUAUUAUUAAUGAACACGUUGAUAAUAAAUGUAUAAUUUAGUGCA